AUGGCUCUAUUUGGAGUCAGGCCUUCGGUGCAAUCUGGUCUUCCAGAAGUUAAAAAUCUUUCUUAUCCGGCGACAACGGUUUUUGCUAUAUUUGUGCUGGAUAAGCUGGUUGAUUUCUCUAUUUCUGGCCUAGCUAUGACUUUGGUUGGUCAUUUUGCUAUUUUUAGACCUAACAUCAAUGUCGUAAGGAACUUUAUAAGGAGAAAAUGGGUUCUCAAAGGCCAAGUGGAUGUGGCAGCUUUGCCUAGGGGAUUUUUCUCCUUUGCUUUUAAUAAUGAAGAAGAUUUGAAGAAAGUGCUCUGUGAAGGUCCAUGGAUAUCUGGCAAGUCAACUUUGGCUUUACAGAAAUGGGCUCCUAACUUACCAUUGGAUGAUUCCUUUUUUGUGGUGGCUCCAGUGUGGAUGUGUCUUCCUGGUCUUCCAUUGGAGUUCUAG